AUGCCUUCCCUCCUAGAAAUCCCUCCUGAACUUGUGGAGCAGAUCAUCUCUGAUUUGGCAGAAGGGGAACCUCCUUCGAGAAAGCUCAUCUACGAACAGCCUUCAAAGUCUCUUCUAGAUCACGACUACCAUCCCCUCAAAGAUCUCUCUUGCACCUGUCGUAUCCUGAGGCGUCUUUGCUUCACUAGCUUAUUUUCGGCCCUCAAGUUGAACAUGGAGGUCGGUACAGGCUUCCUGGAAUUCAUCAAAAGUAGCCAGCUGGCUGGCCGGGUGGACAGCCUGGUCCUAUACACCACCACCGGAUGCCUCGGCAACAGCAGCUUCCUUUGGCCCCGAAUGGUUGAAGUUGUGGACCGUGUCAAUGCGCCGUCCAUGACCAUAAUCUUCCCUCCUUCGCUCUUCACGGAGAUCCUACCCUAUAGCCUCAACCUCGAUCAUGCCUGGGCAUUCAGUAUUGACUACCAAGUCCUGCACCUGGAAAUGGCUCCCAAUUCAGUUGCACCCAAAACGCCGGAAGAUGUUGUCAAAGAAAGUAACGUUUUCGCGAUGCGGCCAUGGACCCAUUGUACGUACAACGAGGGGUCCUCAGUCGAAGCAUACAGCACCUACGAAUACUAUCUCAAGGACAAACCCUCUCUCUUCUGUCCAUCCAACUCCAACCAAUUCGUGCGCACGAUGCAGAAUUCGCUCGACCACAUAACCUCCCUAGAUCUUAUCACCGUCUUCCCCACCAACCACCUGUGGUCUUUCGGCAAAUUCAUAAGUUUCAUGAAAAGUCUUCGCCACCUGCGCACGCAGCUGGCACCAACGCCUAGCAACAACAUCCUCGACGAUCCGUCGUCCCUGGGGAAGUGUCAAACCAAGGACCUCUGGAUGGAAUUUGAAAGCUCGUAUGCUAGGCUUGUCGAUUUCGUCGCUGGCGGAGGUUACGAUGAGUUCGAGUUGGGUGCUCUUGACCAAUUCACCAUUCUGGAUUAUGCCAAUGCCGCUCUCCGUGAGACGAUAGAUGGCGUUGUGGGGAAUCGUUUGGAUGAGUGGGAGCGAGAUCGGAGCGGCGGCCGUUGGACUCGGAGACGAGAAGAUCAAAAGGCUAUCUCUCAGUGA